ACAAUUUAGUCCGUGAACAACUUUAUAUGUACUCUUUUAUGCGAGAAAGUUAUAGCACUUUCCUUCUUCUUUCCAGUGCACAAAGUUUGUUUUGGUGACAAGAGUCGAACUAAGUUUAUUAUUGUUAGCAAAUAUGCGAAGAUGUUUGAAACGUGAAGAAGCUUCGAUCUUCCUAACCAAUUGGCAAAGGCACAGACAUAUUCAGAUUCAGAGUUGUCAUUAUAUUUCUCAUCCUCCUCGGUCUCCUUCUCCUUCUAAUUCUUCUAAUGCACCACAGCUUGUCCGUGACUAUAUUUCACGUAAUGAAAUCAAACUUGCACGUCACAUGUUCGACAAAAUUCCAAACCCGAGUAUUGUUUUGUGGAACAUGAUGAUCCGAGCUUAUGCUUGGGCUGGCCCAUUUCAACAAUCCAUUCAUUUGUAUCUUCAAAUGUUGCAUCUUGGCUUGACACCCACCAAGUUCACCUUCCCUUUUGUUCUCAAAGCUUGCUCCGCUCUACAAGCAUUACAACUUGGGAGACUUAUACAUAACCAUGCACACUUACUUGGUCUCUCGAUGGAUGUCUAUGUUUCCACGGCGUUGCUUGAUAUGUACUCUAAGUGUGGCAAUUUGUUUGAAGCACAAACACUAUUUAAUACUAUGUCCCACGUCGAUAGGGAUAUUGUCGCCUGGAAUGCCAUGAUAGCUGCAUUUUCGUUUCAUGCACUUCAUGCUGAAACAAUGCAGCUGCUUUCCCAAAUGCUGCAAGAUGGAAUUUCUCCUAAUUCUUCGACUUUUGUAUCUGUUCUACCCACAAUUGGACAAGCUAAUGCACUACGCCAGGGGAAGGCUAUUCACUCUCACUGUCUCAGGAGGAAAUUCUUUUGUGACAACGUCGUUCUUGCAACUGCACUUUUGGAUAUGUAUGCUAAGUGUAAUCACUUAUCUUAUGCCAGAAAAAUCUUUAAUACUGUCAAUAAAAAAAAUGAGAUAUGUUGUACCGCUAUGAUUGCAGGUUAUGUCCUUCAUCAUUGCAUGCCAGAUGCAUUGGCCCUUUAUGAUGACAUGCUAUGUAUAUACAACUUGAAUCCCACACCAGCCACUCUAGCAACCGUGCUUCGAGCUUGUGCACAACUCACUGAUCUCAAAAGGGGGAAAAACUUGCAUUGUCACAUCAUUAAGUCAGGAAUACACCUAGAUACAACAGUAGGAAACUCAUUGAUAUCAAUGUAUGCCAAGUGUGGCAUUAUGGACGAUGCAGCGGGGUUUCUUGAUGAAAUGACCUCAAAAGACCCAGUUUCUUAUAGUGCUAUUAUUUCAGGAUGUGUGCAAAAUGGCUAUGCUGAGAAAGCUUUACUUAUUUUUCGCCAAAUGCAGUCAUUGGGGAUCGAACCACAUUUGGAAACCAUGAUAGCUCUACUUCCAGCUUGUUCACAUUUGGCCGCUCUACAACACGGGAAAAGCUGCCAUGGAUAUGCAGUUGUUCGUGGCUUCAGUAAUGACACCUCCAUUUGCAACGCCAUUAUUGACAUGUACUCAAAGUGUGGAAAGAUUACAAUCAGUAGGGAGAUUUUUGAUAGGAUGCAGAACAGAGACAUAAUUUCAUGGAAUACAAUGAUAAUUGGUUAUGGCAUUCAUGGCCUAUGCGUGGAGGCACUUUCACUAUUCCAUGAAAUAAUGGCGUCAGGCUCGAAACCUGAUGAUGUGACCUUUAUUGCUGUUUUAUCUGCAUGUAGUCAUUCAGGACUUGUCACAGAAGGGAAAUAUUGGUUCAGUUCCAUGAGCCAAGACUUCAAUAUCAAACCAAGGAUGGCACAUUAUAUAUGCAUGGUUGACCUUCUGGCCAGAGCGGGAAAUUUGGAUGAGGCAUACACCUUCAUUCAAAGGAUGCCAUUUGUGCCUGAUGUUCGUGUAUGGGGUGCAUUGCUUGCUGCAUGUAGGACGCACAAAAAUAUUGAAAUGGGUGAACAAGUGUCAAAGAAGAUCCAGCUGCUGGGACCUGAAGGUACUGGAAAUUUUGUUCUUAUGUCAAACAUAUAUAGUUCUGUAGGAAGAUGGAAUGAUGCAGCACAUAUUAGAAGUAUACAAAGGCAUCAUGGUUACAAGAAAAGCCCAGGGUGCAGUUGGGUUGAGAUCUCUGGGGUAAUCCAUGCAUUUAUUGGGGGCCAUCAAUAUCAUCCACAAUCAGCAUCCAUAAAUAACAAGUUACAGGAACUGUUGGUGGGGAUGAAAAAAUUGGGAUAUCGUGCAGAUUCUAGUUUUGCUCUUCAUGAUGUUGAAGAAGAGGAGAAGGAGCAGAUUCUCCUCUAUCAUAGUGAAAAAAUAGCCAUUGCAUUUGGAAUUCUACACAAUAGUCCCAGUGACCGCAUUCUAGUUACAAAAAAUCUGCGGAUUUGUGCGGACUGCCACUCUGCAAUAAAAUUCAUUACUCUCUUAACAAAAAGGGAGAUAACAGUAAGAGAUGUAAGUCGGUUUCAUCAUUUUAAGAAUGGAAUGUGCAAUUGUCAGGAUUUCUGGUAAGAAAAAGGCAAAGGCGGAUUUGCGGGUCUGGUUAUAAUCACCCACUGGCAAGUAUUCACCCUCUUGAACCACUUUCAUUUAACCAGUAUUCUAAAGUCCUCUGUGGCCUCUCGUGUGGACAUCAAAGCAAGAAAGCUAACCAACUACUAGUACAAUAGAAAAGUGUACUGUUUGCAAUAUAUUAAGCAAUUCAUUUAAGACAUCAAGUGAGUUUUCACAUGUAUUAAAAACAAAUGUUAUCAUCAUAACUGAAUUUCCCAUAUGUUUUUUGAAGAUUUAAAUGGUUCUAUAGGAUGCUAUCAAUGAAGCCCAGAUACAUAGUUC